AUGUCACCUGAUACUAGAGAUGGCUUAGUUAAAGGGGCUGCUUAUGAGGCUUCUCAAACUGCAAAUAAAAUAGCACAAGAGGAAGGGUCGAAAUUUGAGAACAGUUGUGGUUCAGUUACUGGAUCGAAUUUCGGUAGGAGGGACCGCAACCGUAGGAGGAACAUAGUCGCAACUAGCGAUGAAUCUGCAGCAACCGCUUCACCUGAAUCACAGACACUUGAUUCCUUUAUGGAAUAUGAUUCUUUUCUUGAGUCGCCGAUUUUAAUGACUCAAAUUUCUUGCAACAUGGAAUAUGAUCAAAGGAGUGUGAAUCAGAAGCUUUGGAGAUAUGAAAAUGGAGGUGUAGAUGUAUCGCCUAAAGAUGGUUUGUUCUCUGCGGUUGCUCGAGGAGGUUCAGUUUGUGAUUCACCUUCUGACCUUCGCAGCAAUCAUGGUACCGAGUUCACCAAGGAAUUUUCAGGAUUCUUGAUUGGAAGUCCUAAAAAUGGGUUACCAAGAAGUGCCACUCCCAGUCCUCAGAGGUCUAGUUCUCGGAUUAACGUAGACAACCUCUUUACGACUCUUGAACCUCUACAUACACAAUUCCUAAUAUAA